CUUUCUUCUCUACUCUCUUUCUCCCUCUCGGUCUCUCCAAUGUUCCUUCCGAGCUUCACCAAUUUUUUCUCCUUCUCUCUCAAUUUUUCGAAUCCCAAAUUUUCCUCCCGUUUUAGAAGCCGAAGGCCCCCUUUUUAUAGACAAAAGGAAAACCCAAUCCUAAUGUGCUUCUAAUACUCAAAUCCCAAUCCCUAAGAUAACAACUCAAUCCUAUUUGGAAUGGGAUUUCUUAGUUUUCCCACAUCUACCCCUUUUCUAGUCUAGAUUCAUACCUUUUAUGCUUAGAACUCCCUUCUUUGAAUCAAUUUCGAACUCUUCUUUUGCGCCUCUUGUUGAUGACUUUCAAUCUCCGUAAAUUUCUUCAAGACUUGAGUAGAUUUAGGGAUAAGUCAAGAAAAUUUUGUGAUUUUUCUGUUUUGAGAGGGGCUGGCGACAGGGCAAAGAAAGAAACGGGUUUGGGUGGCUAGGGUUUUCAAUCUUUAUUUUAGCUUACAAGAAAAACGACGUCGUUUUGCUAGUUUCUCCUCUCAACCCUUCAAGCUUCACACUUUUUGCAAAAAUGGUCCGUAAGCUUUUACUUUUAUCAUUUAGCCCCAAUUAAAAUUGGGUUAUGACA